CCCUUUGCCUAUAUAAACAAAACAAUUUAUGUGUACGGUUUCCGUCAGCCACUGCAACCAAGCCAACGGCAUCAUGGAAGACAGUUUCAGAGUACGAGCAGAGAGAGCCUUUGGUUCUCUUCCAAUCCCUUCUUCUUCUCUCAACACUCUCUGGUCUCUCACCGAAGACGAAAUCAAUAACUCCCCUUCCAAUCGCACCCCCAAACCUAAACCCAAACCCUACCCCUCUUCAAGCUCCCGGGUUCAGCUCCAGAAGGGCCUCCACGAUCUCGACGACGACGACGACGACGAUGACGAAGAAGAAGAAGAGCCUCGUGGAGUCUCUAAACCCCCUGAUUACGACGAUGAACAGUGGCAGAUUAGGGCUGGUAUUGGCCGAGAUUGCACCCUCGAUUACGAGGAAGAGGAGGAUCAAUAUGACAAGCAGGCUAUAGGCAAAGAGAAUUCGGGUGAUCGUGUGUAUAUGAAGGAUCUAAACGACGAUGGAGUUGAGAUUAGUUCUUGCAAUGUUUUCCCCACUUCAUUCAGAGAUUUUGUCAGAGACCCGCGUGCAAAUCAUUUGGCGGCAAGGAUUAGGCUGAAGCAGGAUGACGAAGCAGCAGCCAAAAAAAUUGAUGCUCUGCAUGUCUCUGAGAAAUCUGCACCAGACAUUGGUGGUGGUAGUGGCAGUGAUGUUAUUAACCCCAAGUCAAUCUUGAAGAGUAAGGAUAAUCUUUCGGAGCCCAGGGAUGUUCGCAAACGUGUUCGGUUUGAUUCUGAAUGUGAUGAUAGUGGUAACGAUGAUGAUGGGCUUGAAGGAAGAACCAGGGGUGUUCGCAUGAAGACCUCUUCAAUGGAAGAGGCUACAGCUUCUGAUCAGUUGUCAAAGUCAAAAGAAUUUGAUUCAGCUGUUCCAGAUUACAUUCGUAAUCCUUCAAGAUACACCCGUUACACUUUUGAUGAUUCUCCAAGUGACAUGGAUGACAAAUCAAAUAAGGAAGCAUGCAUGAGCUUCCUUUUGCAGUUGAAGGGGUCAAAUGCUGCCAAGAGAACUGGACCUCAAGCAGAUGAAGCUUUGGAAGAUCUUCCAUCAGUAACAUUUAUAUCGAAGAAGAAAUCUGGUGAUGCCAAUAUGUGCGACAGCGAGAUGGUGUCAAAGCCAAAGCUUGAUGCCGGCACGGAGGCCAUGAAUAAAAGAGCCUUCCCUGUUGGCAUAGCUGCCAGUGACUCUGAAAACAGUGACGCUUGUGCAAUGGAGGAAGAUGAACCAGAAGUUAAAGACAUUAAAAAGAGCUCACAGAAGGUGAACCGCCAGUACAGGAAGAAAGCUCAGGAGAAUUUGGAGGAGCCUGUGUAAUGUAAUGGCGCAGUUAGUUCCUAGACUUGCAUAAUUUGACAUGAUCAGACUUGUACCUUUUCCCCCCAUUGUUUCCCUCAGACUAAUGCUCCCUUUUCGUAAAUUUGUGAAACUACAUCAUGUGCCAAGAUCUGCCUAUGGCCAAGUUCGUUAGUUUCUUUCUAGAAGUAGAACUGCUAUAGGUAUAAGCUUCAACUCAAGCAUAAUGAUCAGAGAUUCAGAGCUAAGAUGAGAUGUGUUAAAAAUGUAUUUUUCAUCAUAAAGUAUCAAAUUGUGAGCAGUUGCCCAUAAUAGCAAUUUUCACCUGGUUUAUAUUUCAAAA